AUGGCCGAGCCCACCGACGCGCCGCUCGCAACAGUCGCCGAGGCCGAGGAGCUGCCCAAGACCAAGGAGAAGCUCGACGAGCUCACACAGGCUGCUUCGUUGCAGUACUCGCUCAAGAACUUCUCCGCCGCCGCCGACCACUAUGCCGACGCCGUCGAGAUCCAGGCCGAGCUCAACGGCGAGAUGGCGCCCGAGAACGCCGAGCUGCUCUUCUACUACGGCCGCGCCCUGUACAAAGUCGCCGUCGCAAAGAGCGACGUGCUCGGCAACAAGGUCGCCCAGGAGGACCAGAAGAAGAAGAAGGCCAAGAGAGGAGUCAAGGCAGAAGCAUCCAGCUCAGCUGCCAGCGGGGCGAAGACUGAACCACCGGAAGAGACGACAGCCUCGAAGCCCUACUUCCAACUUACUGGUGAUGAGAACUGGGACGACUCCGACGACGACGACGACGAAGACGGAGACGGCGAGGGCGAGCAAGACGAGGAGGAAGACGACUUCGGCAACGCCUACGAGACGUUUGAGCUCGCGCGAGUGCUGUACCAGAAGCAGCUGGACGCCCAGCCAGACGCCUCUCCAGCAGAAAAGGGCAAAGGCCCCGCGACACUCUCGCCCACCUCUCGCGCCAUCAAGGAGAAGCUCGCAGACUGCCACGGCUUCCUCGUCGACAUCUCACUCGAAAACGAGCGCUUCCACGACGCCGUCGCCGAUGCGCGCUCCUCGCUCGCCCUGCAAGAAGAGCUGAACCCUUUCGAGCACGAGAACGUCACCGAGUCGCAUUACUCUCUCUCUCUAGCCCUGGAGUUUGCCUCGGUGAGCAAGAUCCGCGAAGACCAGCUCGCAGCCGAGCGGCAACAAGACAGCACCUCUCCCUCCACCACUUCCCCCGCAGCCACCUCGGACACAGACGGCAUCAACUGGCCGCUCCGCAAAGAAGCCGCGCACCACACCGAGCUAGCCAUCGCCUCUCUACGCGCGCGCCUCUCCAAGGAAGAAGCCGCCCUGGCCCACCCCACGCUGACAGCGGCGCAGAAGAGCGAAAAAACCGCAAUCAUCGCCGACAAGAAAGCCAUGCUCGAGGAGCUCGUCGGCCGCCUGCACGACCUGCAGCGCGACCCCACGCAGCAGCACGACUACGACGCCCUCGACCCCUCGGUCGUCCAGGGCCUGUUCGGCAGCCUGCUGGGCGCCGAUCCCGCUGUCCAGAAGGCGAAGCUGGCAGAGGCUACCAGCGCUGCUAACGAUGUUACGGCCGUGGUUAGGAAGAAGGCCAAACCUGCGACUACGACUGCGACUGCUAUUCAGUCCAACAAGGGAGCCAAAGACAAACGUGCUGCUGCUGCCGAGGAGGUGCCUGCACAACCCAAAGGAAAGGGGAAGAGAGCGCUGGAGGUAGCGAGUGACGAGGCGAGCGAGGCGAAGCGGAGUAGGACGGCGGAGCUCGCGUGA